CAGGGUUAAUAAGAAAGGAUGAGACUUUAAUGACUUGAAACACUCUGGCCUAAAGAUUUUAAUGAGAUAUUUUGAAAGAAACAAGUUACAUGAGUGAGUCGACUGGAAUUCCCUGACUUCUUGAAUUGAAUUAAAACUACCGGAGAGAACAUUGAAAGUGAGAACGAAGACUGAAUAAAAACCGUACUGUCGCUCUGAAGUCUCAUUCUUUAGUCCUGACAAGUGUUCUCGGGAAUAUUGUUGUUCUCCUGAGUUUCCCGAUGUUAACAUUAUUCACCGGGUUCCUGGUUGGGUUCAUCACUACUCUCAUGAUCCUCUUCAUGGUCUGGUUAUCCAUAGUAAGUGUGAUUGUUGAUGUCCUGGGGCAGUAUCUGACUAUAAAGUUCCCGACCUCCAACUUUUCCAGGUUUAAGAGUUUGUACAGCAAACCUAUUCAGGAGAUCCCUGUCUUCUGUUAUACUAUAAAACUAGAUUUAACUCGCAGUGAGAUCAGAAUACAGAUGCCACCAGAAAGUAACUCCAGGAAGAUUUUCAGCAAGAAAGCUCCCAUUGUCAUCACCUUUAAAGAGCAAACUCUGUAUCUGUUCCCUAGAGUUGGCAGGGAUAAAGAAAUACUUCUGAAAAUAAUCCUCAUCAAAUCCGGACUUACUUAUUUGAAAACAAACCUCAGGGAUGAAGACAGUUUGGUGGACAGAGUUAUACGAGAGUGCAACAUUCUUGGUGUUCAGUCUUCCUCUGACCCUGAUCAUAGCAUGGAGAUCAUGAACGUCCUGAUCAAUAGACUCGGAUCCAAGCUUGUUUCUGAGUACACGAUAGAUCAGAUCAUCAGGAACGUGAUGAUGGGGAAGCUGAACAAGUAUAUCGGCAGGUUCUUCAACAACUACGGUUUAGUUGAUCUCUAUACGGGCAAGAUGUGGCCGGUCAUUAAGAAAUUAGGAGAGCCCUGGUUUAAUCUUCAAGGAUUAUGGGCUAAGGUUAUCCUCUGCCAGUCUUCAGAGCUACAGUCUAUAACUGUUGCUCUGAACAAGCUGAGUGGGAAGAACACUGUUUUUCCUGGUAAUGAUGAGAGUAGGAGUACAGAGGAGGAGAACCAGGAGAAUCCACAUCUAGACAAAGAGACUGCCGGCUCUAUAUCCAAGUUUAUAGAGGAGGUUGGAUGUCUCAGUUUCACCCUGGAUGUUAUUGAAUACGAGUUAAUUCUGAUCAUUAACGUACUGCCUCCACCAUCUAAGAUGAGGGUUUGGGUCUCAGUGUUCCAGGAACCAUAUGUAAAUAUAAAACUAAGAGCAAGUGGAGCUAAAUCAGGGAUAACUGAGACAAUGAACACCGUGAUGCCGACAGUAGAGCGGGCCAUACUGGCGGGCAUCAACAUGUCCCUCAAGAAGAAGUAUGUCUACCCAAAUAUGAAAGAUUUCAGCUUUUCCUAAAUUCUGCUGAACUACAAAGACGACCUGUUCAUGGGAUCAAUGGCUGCCAGAGAAUUAAUUGCGGCAUUAUCAAUAUGUCGGGCGAAUCGUUCUCAAUGCCAAUUUCAUUGCUCCUUCUAAUAUCAGUUUUUCAAUCACCUGAAAUCGUUUUAUUUGUACCUUAUAAAUUUAGAGAAUGUGAGACCAUUAAUUAGGAAAUUUUGAUUUAGUAAACGUUAUCAUAAAUACGACAUAAUUUACUCCUAAACUAUGAUCCUUUAAAUUGACCUUGAAUAUGUUUGAUAGUUUAAAAAUUAUUCUA